AUGAUUGAAUAUGUUGUGAUAUUUGUCGCGUUGGCCAUCAUCUAUUGGGUUUGGCAAGUCAUUAGCAAAAGCGGGUUUUUGAGCAAAAUUGAGGUAUGUUUAUUUUUGAAUUACAUUAUUCGGGGGACCAAAGUUGUCCUAACUUGUGAGAAAAGUUUAAUAUCUGCCCUUUUUGGAUGAUCAAGGAGAUUUACUGUAAAGCUUAUCAAUCAAAUCAUGAAAUCAUAUGAUACUUUUAUUUUCAUAAGACAAUAAUGAUUGAUCUUUUCUUGUUUUUUGUAUUUUCGGAAAAUGCGGAUUUGCCCACUCAGAAAAUCUUGCAAUUCUGUGCACUUGAAAAAUAUGCCGAAAAUAAAUAAAUACAUAGUUUCUGCAAAAAAAAACAAGGCAAGGAUGGAAAUCCAUGUGGCAAAAAUGUUCUUGUUUUCAAAUUUUGAAAAGUAAACUUUUGGCACCAAAAAUACACGUGGUAGAAAAUUUAUCUUGAACUUUUCUCGUUUUCAAAUUUCAAACCGUAAACUUCUUUGGUCCAAAAUGUGUUUUUUUUUUCAGCCCGAAGUAACUGAAUCUCCAUCAAAUCUGAGCAAACCACUCACAGUUUAUUACAAAUACAACAUUGGCGCAUAUUCGGGAUCUGUAAAUGUCAUAAAUGAAGCUCGCGCACUUCUUCCAAAAUCCGAAAAUGUGACCACUUUUGGAAUCUAUUACGAUAAUCCAGAUGUUGUUGCACCACAUCUUCUUCAAUCUGCAAUCGGUGUUGUUUUUGGUGCCGAUGGCAAAGAUUUGUAUAACGAAGAAGUUGCCGAAACUUUGGUUGAAAAUGGAUUUGAGAAAAUGGUUUUGCCAAAAGUUUCGAGAGCUGUCCAAGCAAUUCAACCAAGUUCGGGAGGUAUUCUUUCGAUUUUGGCGUUGGUUAACAGAUCCUAUGGAAUUGUUAAGGAAUAUAUUUCGGUAAGAAAUUUUGAAUUGAACUCGCCCACUUGAAGGAAGAUAUUGUUUGCAGGCUAACCGUCUCGAAGUCAAAUAUGCCGUUGAAUUCUAUUCAUCUUCAGAAAUCUCCAUCGAAUUCCCAUUAGAUAAUGUUGAUGAUUUCUUGGUCCCAGAUGUGAGUUUGAUAUUUUUAAGAAAUCAAGAAAAAAAAUUCAAAUAAUUUUCUAGUAUUUGCCAACCGAUGAACUUGAAUCAAAACUUGCCCGCAAGAAGUUUGACUCUGAUGAAGAAGAUAGUGAAAGUGAGCCAGAAGGAGAAGAAGAAGAGGAUGAUGGAGCUGCUUCUGAAUAA